AUGGGUUCCGAUCUUGGCAAAAAGAGGAAGUUCAAGGAUGGAAAGAGCGUCAAGGCCGACCCAAUUGGCACUGCGUCCCAGGGUAAAAGGCUGAAGAGGGACCCGACGCCCGACGAGAGCGACAGCGAGACCAACGAUGCCACAAGCGAUCUUGAAGCUGGAGAUGCUAGCCUUAGCGGCAGUGGAUCUCAGGCUGGAGAUACAGAAUCACUUCACGGCGCAUCCGGGGCCCAGGAUUCGUCUGUUGAACUUGACAGCGCUGCGAACGGAGAGGGGUCGUUAUUGGGUCCCUCAGUAUCGACCGAUGCGCAGUCGUUCGCAGAGCUGAAGCUCUCCGACAAGACAAUGGCGGCAAUUGCUGAUAUGGGGUUCACCACAAUGACGGAGAUCCAGCGGAGAGGCAUCCCUCCUCUAUUAGCUGGGAAGGACGUUUUAGGGGCAGCCAAGACGGGUUCCGGCAAGACCCUCGCAUUCCUUAUUCCCGCCAUUGAGAUGCUCAGCUCUUUACGAUUCAAGCCCAGGAACGGCACCGGCGCGAUCGUUGUCACACCUACACGGGAGUUGGCACUGCAGAUUUUCGGUGUUGCGCGGGAGUUGAUGAAGAACCACUCCCAAACAUACGGUGUGGUCAUAGGAGGUGCGAACAUUGGGGCGGAACGGGCCAAGCUAGGGAAGGGAGUCAAUCUUUUGAUCGCAACCCCAGGACGGCUACUCGACCAUCUCCGGAAUACGCCUUUCGUUUUCAAGAACCUCAAGACCCUAGUCAUCGACGAAGCGGACCGAAUAUUGGAGACUGGUUUCGAGGACGAGAUGCGUCAGAUCGUCAAUAUUUUGCCCAAGGAUAACCGCCAAACCAUGCUUUUCUCGGCCACACAGACAACCAAGGUCGAGGACCUCGCUAGGAUAUCGCUCCGCCCCGGGCCUCUCUAUAUCAACGUCGAUGAGCAAAAACAGUUCAGCACCGUUGAAGGACUUGACCAGGGUUAUGUGGUGGUGGACGCUGACAAGCGCUUCCUAUUGCUAUUUUCUUUCCUUAAGAAGAUGGCCAAGAAGAAGAUCAUUGUCUUCUUGUCCUCUUGCAACUCCGUCAAGUACUACAGCGAGCUGCUGCAGUACAUCGACCUCCAGGUCCUUGAUCUCCACGGGAAGCAGAAACAGCAAAAACGUACCAAUACCUUCUUUGAGUUCUGCAACGCUAAGCAGGGAACCUUGGUCUGUACCGACGUCGCCGCCCGUGGCCUUGACAUUCCUCAGGUCGACUGGAUUGUCCAGUUCGACCCGCCUGAUGACCCCCGCGAUUACAUCCAUCGCGUCGGCCGGACUGCCAGAGGCAGCAAUACCAAGGGCCGCUCAUUGCUCUUCCUUCAGCCUUGCGAGUUGGGGUUCCUCGCCCACCUCAAGGCUGCCAAGGUGCCGGUUGUUGAAUAUGACUUCCCCAAGAACAAGAUUCUCAACGUCCAGUCGCAGUUAGAGAAACUCAUCGGGAGCAACUAUUAUUUGAACCAGAGCGCGAAGGAAGGAUACCGUUCCUACCUCCACGCAUAUGCGUCUCAUAGCCUUCGGAGUGUCUUUGAUGUCCACAAACUCGACCUGGUCAAGGUUGCCAAGGGUUUUGGAUUCUCUACACCGCCCAGAGUCGACAUCACCCUCGCAGCAGGAAUGAGCAGGGACAAGAAACCUCAAGCUAGGAGGGCAUACGGCAGCCAGCCACGGCAAAAUGGCCACCAGCGCAGGUAA